UAUCCUUAUGCGCUGUAGAGAUUGCAAGAGGGCCUGAGGUGUCUGGUGCUGGAAGUGGUUGGCGGUGGUGCUGGGGGAGGCCCACGGCUUUGCUGGUUGCUGCUACCGCCGGGGCCUCGACUUGCCGUUGAUGCACCUGCUCAAGUUUUAAUGAAAAACUUUUUUGUAGCUGCUCUCAAAGUCAACCAUGGCCGCCGCAGCAGUGGCGGCGGCAGUGUCGAGCAUCAACCCGCGGCAGGACUUCCCCGCGUGGCUGGCCGCUCACGGCGUGAGCCUCAGCGUGGCCGAGGCCGUGGACAGGGAGCUGGGCAUCGGCGACUACGAGGCGUUCCUGGCGUGCGCCGAGCAGCCCCACGUCAGGGCUGAGCUGUUCGCUGCUGCCAGGGAGCGGCUGCCCUUCGCCUUCUACGCUGUGCUGCGCCGCGUCACCGAGGCCUCGUCUCCCAAGCGCCACGACGGAGCAGGGGGAGCUGGAGGAGUCCUCCAGGCCACUGCGGCAGCCACUGCUUUCCAACCGUUUCUCAGCGGCCUCCUGGACGCCAUCGUCCUCAUGCUCAACAGUCUGAGCCAGGAGCUGCUGCAGUCGGCCGAGAGGUUCAGCUGCCUGGAGCCUGCACUCUACCCUAAUGCUGUGGAAGAAGGCCUGAGCCCGUAUUUACAAGAAGACGAUGGAGGAGAAGUCUAUGAGACUGAUGCCCCUGCAGUGCCUGAUGGACCCCCUGAGGAUGCACAAGACAACCAGUCCCAGUCUUGGGAAGAUGGGGGCAAGUCAGAAUCUGAAGCAGUCCAGCAGGCCACUGAUCUGGAGGACAUGGAAGGGACAGAACAGGAAUGGAGUGGUUACAACGUCAAAAUGGAACAUUAUGACAACGCUCAAGCUAGAGGUGAUGUUGGGAGCUUCCCAGAAGAUUCGCAUGGUUUACAAGAAGUGGUAGAAACAGCCGAUGGUGACUACCGUGUGAAGGAUGUGAAGCUAGAAACUGGGCAAGCUUCAGCAGCAAACAGCUGGAAUCAAAGCGGUGAAAAUGAAACUGAAGCCGAUGAUGGUGGCUAUUCUGAAUCUUCGCGGCAUCCAUCUGAGACUGGGCGCCGCAUGACGGAGCGGCAAGCGGCGCUGCACCGGCGGGCUGAGUUGGCAAACCGGGGAAGCGGUGGUGAGGCUGGCAGCUGGUCCUCCCCCGUGGCCGCUUUUCCACCCGGCGCUGCCUCGCCUUGGGCGUCGAGGUCGCGUAUUCAAUCGCAGGGCAGCGGCGGUGGCCGUGCGGGGUCGGCACCACCCCGGGCUGCCAAACGGCGCAGGAGUGACACAGGUCACAAGAAGAUCAUAGAAUCUGAUCCAGUUGAGCCUCAGCUGGGUGCUUCAAAUUACGUGUCCAGAAGUUUACCCUUAGGCAGCCACUCGAAUUACGCUAGCUUCCCCUACCAUGCAGACGUGCACGGCAGUAACAAUAACAGUAGCAAUAGCAACAAUAGUAGCCUCUCUCUGGGCCAAUCGUGCGAGAUACCGACCUCCAGCCAAGAAAACGCCGCAGCAUUGGACGCACUGCAGAGGGCGGAGGACAGUCUGGAAAACGAGUCAAAGUACCGCGCGUACACGCAAUACAGGACCAUCGACGUCGCCGGUGGCAAAGAGUUCCAGUGCGAGCAGUGCGAGGAGUCAUUUCCCCACCUGCACAUGAUGCGGGUGCACCUGCGCAAGCACACUGGGGAGAAGCUGUACACAUGCGAGUACUGCGGAAAGGAAUUUAUCAUCUCCAACAACCUGGCGCGCCACCGAAGGACGCACACCGGGGAGAAGCCAUUCGUGUGCGACGUCUGCGGCAAGAAGUUUUGCAUAUCGUACAGCCUAAUCCGCCACAAAAAGACGCACGAGCAGGGCGGGGGCGGUGAGCCUGAACUUGAGCCCGAAGUAUUGGAGUGAAAAAGGAAAACGCAAGCGAGUGUUUCAAGAAUACUCGAGCUUGGACUCGCUUGUUACGUCUUUUUACCAUCAUGCUAUAAAACUUACAAAACGGUAAUUGAAGUCAGGAUAAUUGUACGUAAUUUGUUUUUUAAACUGAGUGGAAGUCGUCCUGUGGUGGCCUCUAAAAAGUCAGUAAUGCCAUCAUUUUACUCGAUAGCAAAUGUGAAUACACAUGUGUGGCCAUUUUUAUUUACUUAAUCGCAGCUGCAACAGAACUCCAAAAUGGAUUCCUCUGCCCGAUGGAGGGCGAGCACAUCUGAAAAUGUUGGUCUCGUUGAGGCGUUCCAUAUAGCUACCAUUAAUUUUCUUAAUCACAAAUAAAUACUGGAAUUUGUGUGCUGUUGCUGGCUUAAAUAUAUUCAAGUUUUUUUGUCAAAUGCCUUAGUAAUAGGUACCGCGUAGAGAUAGAUCAUAUACGAUAACCUCGAGAGGCUAAUCCUUUUUAUUCAGAAUGACUUACUAUUUUUAGGACUUAUUGUGAAUGGAUGUUAACAGGCACAUUUUUUUUUUAAUUGGAAGUGAUGGUGCAUUACCUGCUGUUGGUGUUGCAAUACUUGCUUGACAUUUGGGAAAAUAAAUACUCAGGGGAUAAUCACGAGAUUUCAGCUUAACUAAAGGGGACAUUUUGCACCCAGUAUAGCUCCAAAAGUAAUUUUGAAGGUUCAGCUGGGUGGUGCCAAGUUUACAGACGAAACGACUUUUGGCAGCAGCUUCUGAUAGCAGAAACCCCGUCUGUCUGUUUGGGUACCCUCAUCACUCGAAAAGCAGCCAAAUCGGAACAUGCUGAAAUACAAUAUACCAACCACUACUGUACAUAUGAGCAACCUUAACCAGACAUAAUCAAGUGCUUCAUUAUUGGUGGUACUACGCCCUACAUUAUCUGACACGUACCAUCAUUGAUCUGUAAAUGUAUUUUUGCUGUUGUACAAUAUUCCCGUUGGCGUUAAAGUUAGGACAAUGUAUAAAAGUGUUUUAAUUGCAUACGACUUGAAUCUUUUUCAAUUAACUUAAGUAACAUUAACCUAUGGUAGGCUUUAUUGUAAAUAGUAUGUGAUGUUACAGCCACAGAAAAUAAUUGGUAAUACAAUGUAAUGUAUUUUAAUAUUGAUAAUUUAGCUCUAGUGAGCCUGCCUUUCAAUGAAAUGCAAAACUGCCCAAGGGAUGCCCACUGCUGCUUUAGGCAGCUUUUAAAAACAGCUGAAAAAAUCCAAUAUUUAAUGCUUCCACAGUUUUUAACCCUUGUGUUAAAGCAAACAUGUUGCUGGAAUUGGUAGAAUGCCGAAAAUUUUAAUCGAAACACUUUAAGUAUACGUGACUGCAUCUGUCCAUUGCAUGGAUGAAGUCCACCAAGUUAAUUAAACAUGGUAUAAAUAUUAGAAGAUGUAGUACAUUGUCAAUUUUCUUGCCCAUUGGAUAACUGUGCCACGUUAUUUUGCCUUUAUUUGUAUACACCUGAAACCUAUAAACUGCUUCAAUAUGCAUGCUUUCUGUAUUUGCAGUAAUACAUUGAUAUAUUUGAGAAUAAAGUGUGAGCCUUAUGAAAUAA